AUGAUCCACUCGGUACUGAUCUUCAACAAUUCGGGCUUGCCACGAUUGACUAAAUUCUACGCUCCCGUGGACCUGGCAACACAACAAACGCUUCUCAAGCAGGUGCAUUCUCUGCUGGUGGCAAGAAAACCAGACGCAUGUCUGUUCCUCACCCCUCCUCCUCUUCUCCAGGGCCAGGAGGAUGUUGACACCAUCCGUGUCAUAUACAAGCACUACGCCACGUUAUACUUUGUGUUUGUAGUCGACGAGCAGGAAUCCGAACUCGGCAUCUUGGAUCUGAUCCAGGUCAUGGUGGAGUGCCUGGACCGGUGCUUCGAGAACGUCUGUGAGCUGGAUCUGGUAUUCGGGUGGCAAACACUUGAAACCGUGCUGGGAGAAAUCAUUCAGGGAGGCAUGGUCGUGGAGACUUCAGUGACCAAGAUCGUCGCUGCUGUCGACGAGGCUAACAGAGGUAACGGUAGUGCGGAAAUGAAGGAGGGAGGUGCGAGCGGAGGAUUCGCCAACGCUCUCAGUGGAGCCACAAACGCCAUCAGUCAAAUGGCCAAGGAGGGACGAUGGUCCUACCGAUAA